GAAAAUGGAGGAAUAUGGAUGAGGAAAGCGAAGGGUUAUCGUUUCUUUUCUCCAAACUCUGCGAGAAAUCUUUCAAAAAUGAAGCUAACAUAGGAUGGGAUAUUUACAGGCGUCCACGUUACACGGAUAAAAGGCAAAAGGCUUUAAAAGUUUGCCUCUACGAGACCCUUUUCGAAAAACUUCGAGCUCCUUGGAUUAGUGAGUUAGUUCGCACUGGCGAUAAAGCUGAGAAGAAAGAUGAUUUACGAUUCAAUAUUUAUGAUAAACUGUUGAUCGCUGCAUUCAAAUUGAGGAUAGCUAGGAGGUUUGAUGAUGCGGAGAAAUUGGAUCAUUUCGUUUGUCAGUGGAGGAAUUUGCAAGAGCCCUCAAGCAGUGCCAUUAAAUUUAACAGCACAAAAGAGACAAAUGCAACAGAGAAGGAAGCUGUGUUGAGAUUUCUUGUUGCAUUGACGGGAACAGGACAUUAUGGACCAACAUCAGUGCUGGGUUAUCAGGAUGAUGUCUGGGCCAGAGGACUUAAUCAGAUCCAAAAGACUUCUCUUCCUGAGGGACCUCUUCUUGUUACAGACAGUCAGCUUCUGAGACAACAAGGAUUGGAAUUUGAUCACUACGUCCAUUACUCAAGGGAGUUGUUUGAAUGUCCUCCAGUCCUCUCAGUUCCAGGAAGUGAUGGAUCAACUGGCAAACAGCAUAGUGAACUGCAGAUCUUUGAGGAAAUGCCAGGGACAUUUCCUGGGAAAGCACUCUUCUUGCCUUGUCAGGAUGGCAAUGAAGACCUGUAUGAGAAAAAUGGGCGUUCUUCAUUAUUUAGUGCACUUGUUCACAGCCACACUGAUGACCUGCAUGUGAAGCUGGAUUUACCUGACAUUCCUAGCAGUUCCAGGACUCUUCAUUCCUUAGCCCUGGAACAGAGAGAGAGUGCAGAUGAUGAAGGGUUUGAGUCUUUAGAGACAAGCUCUGAAUCUUCUCACACCUCAGAGCAAUCCGCUCAAGAAAAUACUGAUGUCUGGUCUGCAGCUUUAACAUUGCCACCGCAAAAGUUUUAUACCUGGGAAAUGGAAGGAAAACGAGAACUUUUAAAUGAAAAACCUUACCUUACAGAAGCUGGUGCUUCUGUGUUUGAUGCACUGUAUGAUACAGUUAUUCGUCAAGUCUCCUACAUUGUGAAGUCUCCAACUUUAAGCCCCAAUAUGGUUCCCUUACAAGCCAUGAUCAAGGAUUCCAUUAAUGUACUUAUUGGAGUUCCUUCUAGAACAUUUCAUCUUGAUAAGGCUAUACAGUCCUUUAUUGUCAGUGAUCAGGUCCGUCUUUCUGGGAGCUCACCUGAGAUGCUGCGCAACAUCUUAGCACGGCUGGCAGCGAUAGGAACAGAUUACAUCCAGCUUAAUAAGUUUGCAACACAUCACCGUGGCCACUCAGCCGGUUUGGUUUUGCAGGCUUUCCUUGGAGCUCUUCAAAAUUAUUUACAAUGCUACAGAGCAACAGUGUUAUAAACACUUUUGGACGCAAGGAUUUGUAAUGGUCGGUCGUGACAAACUCGACUGCGUGCCUCUGUUUCUGGGUGAACUUGCAGAUGACAUUUUUGUUUGUGGAAAAACAAUUAAUUUGUUAAAACUAUGCUGCCCAGGGCACUAUUUAUGUGAUCCAGGAAUUCCCCUUCCUAAAAUGGAGGUGACAUUUUCAAUGCAACGACUUAGUAGAAUAGAGGCGGAAUGCCAACACUACAUGAGUGAGAUACAAAGAAUGCAUCGGCAACUUCAAGAGCAACGAGAAAAUGAGAGGAAAGUCAUUGAGGACGAAAGAGAACGUGAAAUUGUUGAAGAACGUGAAAGGGCUGCAAAAGCCUUAGCAGAGAUAACAGAGCUUAUUCAAAAGGCUAAAGAAGCAGUCGAGGAGAAGAAGCGAGAAGACUUAAAGAUGUUAAAAGAACAAAUGGAAGAGGCAUUUAAGCAUAAGGCCUUGGCGAGAGAAGAGGAGAGGGAGGAGGACAUUAAACGUUUAAAAGCAGCGAAAGACAAGGAGGUCACUACUGCAACAGUUGAAGAAGAGAUAAAGAACAAAGCAAGGGAAGAGCUCAUCAAGUACUAUGAGGAACUCAGCCGUGAGGUGGAGUACCGAGAGUUUCGUGCCCAAUGGCACAUCCGCCGUCGGUUACUCGACCCUGCUAGAGCCCAGUUCUUUGUGCAGGAGCAGGCUCGGUUAGACAGCUUACAGGAGCAGAUGACACAAGCGUCUGGUACCCAGACUUCUAAUGAAAUAACGGAUGAAAGCGACGAACGGCGUGAGAAACGAUUCGAAGAAAAGUCUGUUUCCAAGGAAGAAAGAGCGUCCACUCCACUUUCGGCUCCCAGUCCAAGCCUUGUAUCACUUAUAGCUAGUGGCGUAAAAACAGAUGCCUUGGUUAGAGCAGGGCACACGAACUUAGGCGAAAGCACGCAGUUCGACAGGGAUGCUGGAUCGCACUCGGAGGAAUCUGCUUCGGAAAACAGAGUCAGAAGGACUUGGGACAGCCCUGCUGAGAGUGUUGUCGAGCUUGGGAAGAUGACUGAAGCAGGUUCGGGCAGAAAGACUUGGGAAGCCCCACCCGAUGGUGAGGUGAAGAUAGCAUCUCCUCUUCCCAAGAGCCAUCCUUCCGAUUCCUCCAUACAGUUUGCCAUGUAUAGCGACAAACGUAAGACUAGCGGAGAAAGCGAGACGCCAGAUUAUGGUUUACACGAUCGCAAUUUAAAAACCAGCACUCCUCACGUUGGUGAUUCAUCUUUGCAAAACGUUUUGUAUCCCACUACACCCUCAAACUCGACAUUAGGCCUGGAUGCUGAGUCUGUGACCGUGGUAACCCGGCCUUCAGAUGUGAACGUUCGUGGCCUUGUUUCGAGUCAUCCCUCGGAUUCUUCAGCCCAAGACAUUUUAUACGGCAACAGCGCAAUGGGAGCGGCGUCUGAAGUUCGAACGCCGUCCGCACAAGGACAUCCAUCCGAUUCCACUGCCCAGUACCUUCUAAACACUAGCGGUACCCAGGAAGGAACCAUUUCUGAAGCUCGUUCUUCGGAACAUGGACACCCCAGUGACUCAUCUGUAAGCGGGUUGUUGUACCCCGAUACUCUGGACACACCCAAUCCACAGACUCUUUCUUACUCCCAACAUGGGCACCCCUCAGAUUCCCAGAUGACUUUUUCACACGGCGACGGUGUAGCCCAAGUUAUCCAGCGCAGUUCCAGGCAAAAUUGGCAACACCCUUCCGACGCCUCUAUUCAGAAGCUUUUAGGAGACAUCGAUGUUUUGGGUGACAGCCAAAAUACGACCCGUGGUACCCCUCCCUCGAGCGUGGUUCAAGAUAUUCUCUAUCCUAAACCUGAUGGACAAUCAACACCUGCUCAGGAUAUCUUGUACCCAAGAGAGGGAGAGUCAGAACAAUCAAAUAGACCGGUGCACACUCGUGGAGCCCCUCCCCAAAGUGUUAUUCAGGACAUAUUGUAUCCAAGUGGGGAGGGGGCAGUAGGAGAGGGGACAAGGUUGUCAACACGUGGCCAGGAGCCUGCUGGGAAGAUAAAGAAUAUUUUGUAUUACGUUAAAGAGAAAGAAGGGGAAACCUUACAGCCACAAUCAAGGCAGUUGGAGUUUGAGGAUGUUUGGCUAGCUUCUCAGGUGGAGCCUCUUCAGGACAACUUUAAUGUGUUGGAUCAAAAACCGUUAUCAAAUCUCCUGCGAGGCGCCAUGGGCACAUUUCCAGUAUCGCAAGGCUCAGAUGCUGAUGAGAAUGACACGGAUGCAGCGCGUCUGAUGUCACUUCCGGUUUUACUUCAGCGAUCUGUCAUGGCGCCCCUUUUAACCCAGAUAUCCUUGGUAAAUUCUGCUAUCGUGACGUAUUUUAUCCAAGACUUGCACAUCAACAGACACUUUGAUCUGUUCAAGAAGCUGCUGU